AUGGAAAUUCCCGCAAAACUCCCCUUCUCCAAGCGGCGGCUCCCACCUCGUGUUGUCAUCUCCUACAUCUUUGACUAUGUGAUCAUUAUUGUCUGCGCUAUCGGCUUCGCGAUUCUCAAUAAGGUCGAACCGUUCCACCAACACUUCUCCCUCAACAACAUAUCCAUCCAAUAUCCUUAUGCCGUACAUGAACGCGUCCCGAUGGUCUACGCCCUCUGUAUCUCCGGUGUUUUCCCACUCGUUCUCAUCAUCCUUUACACCUUGUUCAUUGAUGGCUUGUUUUCACACCAUAAGCCGCAGGACGGAGCAUCCGGGAAGCGGAAACUGAGAGGUCCGCAUCGCUGGAAGGACAGACUUUGGGAGCUUAAUUGUGGUAUUUUGGGUCUUAUACUGGCUCAGGGACUCGCUUUCUUCAUCACACAAGCGCUGAAGACUGCAUGUGGCAAGCCGAGACCCGAUCUCAUCGAUCGUUGUCAACCACGCGUUGGUAGCAAGGACCUUUUCCCAGGAUUGUCCAACUCCACUAUUUGUACAGGUGACCCUGCGUUGUUAACAGAUGGGUUUCGGUCGUGGCCGUCCGGCCACAGUAGUUCGUCCUUCGCCGGUCUUGUUUACACAUCGCUUUGGUUAGGCGGAAAGCUGCACAUCAUGGACAAUCGCGGUGAGGCCUGGAAGGCCCUUCUCGUCAUGGUUCCUCUACUAGCAGCCAGUCUUGUGGCCGUAUCGCGUAUCAUGGAUGCGCGCCACCACCCCUUCGACGUGAUCACAGGGUCGAUGCUUGGGGUUGUCUGCGGCUUUGUCGCAUAUCGCCAGUAUUUCCCACCGCUCAGCGAACCCUGGCGCAAGGGCCGCGCCUACCCAAUCCGAAGCUGGGGGUCGGAUCCUGUAGGACCCGAUACCGUUCAACUUGUCCGCAAUAGCUCGGUUGCUCUCCGCAACCCCGAAGACGGGCGCAUAGACCCAGAUAUCCCCCGCUCGGAACAUGCCAGACCCGACGCCUCUACCUAUCUUCACUCCUCUAGCCCAUAUGCAUCCAAUAUGUACAAUCGCCGCCCACACGACCAUGACGCUGAUGCUGGUGUUUGGUCAUCGAGUGAGGAUGACGUUACCAACGGUUAUGAGAUGCGACAGCAGAACCAUGAUGCCAGUCACCAUGCGCCUCAAUAUGAUCCUAGUAAUGCCUAUGUGUCCCAGACACAGCCGCUGACGGCUAAUGCGGGAAUCCAUGUUUCUGACCCGAUGGCGGGUCCAGGGCGUCCGUUGACGAACAUGCCCAGUCGGGCCAUGUGA